CUGGGGAGAACUCCAAGGGCAGCCAGGCUUCCCCAUGGCGUGUCCACUGGUGGCUGCCUCCACUACAGCAGUCAGGGCUGCUGGCAUAAAUGCAGUCAUGUGUCUUCCUCUUUCCUCAGUCCUGGGGUGGCUACCACGUACCCAUUUUACACAUUGUAAACCGAGGCUCAGAGUAGCGAAACCCUGUAGCUGGUCUCUGAUGUGUCCGGUGUCUGGGUCAUUCACAAAUGCUCCUUUCUGGGUGUUUGGACGACUCUAGUUAGCUGGUCAGUGUUGGGGCCUCACAUGUAGAGCGGUAGGACCUGCAGACACCAGAACCUGAGUCCUCACCUUGUGCCGUCGUGCUCACUGGAGCCGUCAUUUCUACCUCCUCUAAGCCCAUUUGACCCUGGUGUCCCUCCGGUUGGGGACUCGCCCUGGAACCAUGGGCUCCCUGCUCUGUGACCGUGGAGUAGGCCUGCCCUCCUAGGGUCAGGUGGCUUGUCAUGGGGCGUGCUGCCCCUGGGUGACCAGGCGGCCUGGACAGGGUGGAGUGGAAGAGGUUGACCCACAUUAACGUCUGCCUUUGGUUGGCACACAGGAGCCUGGGCGCAGCUGCUCUGAGGCCCUGGGGCAGGGGGCCUGAGUGGUGAGUUUUCUGGAGAAAGAUGGGGCACAGAAGCAGGGCAGUUCUGCCGAGGGGUCCCGGCUUCCAGCUGGCACUGGGGCACAAGCCCCAUGGGCCCGCACCGGUUUUCCUGGCUCUGUCUUCAAGGCCAGGAAGUGGGAGGAGGGUCUGCACUCAGAGAGCACCUGUCCAUUUGUGGGGAGCAGCGGGUUGUGGGGUGCCCCACUCGGAGAGUCUGGGUCUUCUCAGGGAGGAGAGCAGACUCAGUUUGGCAGGAAGUCACACAUACACCCAAGCACCCAGGCGUGCAGGAGCCUUAGGGGGAACUGGAACCGUCUGUGGUCUCCGUGGCAGAGAAGUCUCGGGGGCGAUGUAGGAGGCCUCCUGGGGCCCCUGCCCUGCCCCCUCCUCCCCGGAUCUCCGGGGCUCUCAGACUGGGGUCCCUGCGUCAGCAGCAGCCUGACCCUGACCCACAAGCUCUUUAGAAACAGGAGUCUUCCGGCCCCCGCCCUCCAGGUGAGUGUGAUGUGCCAGACAGGAGGCCCGGAGCAGAGUGGAGCACCUGCAGUCUUGGGGCUCUGCACCGGGCAGGGGGCUGGUCUCCCCCCUGCUUCUGGGACAGCUGAGUGGGCCCGGCCAGCCCAACCAGCCUGGGCUAAGGGAGCAUUGCCGGGGGCUUGUCUGUGGAGACCACGGGUGGUGGUGGUGGUUUUUCAAGUCAACUUGUAUUCUGAGAGAAUUCCGGAUUCACGUGCAGCUGUGAGAAAUCACCCUCGUAUCCUUUUCCUGGCUCCCCUGGCGGUGACGUCUCACCAGACGACGGGCACGUCACACCGGGAUGCUCCGGGAAUACGGGCCAGAUGCACAUCUCUCCUUCCGCACCUUCUUCUGUUCGCACCUGCUUCCCUCCUCCCCACCUGGCAGCUGGGCUCUGCUCCUCGCUUCUGUGAUUUCAUCAUUUCAGGAACAUUACAUAAAGGGAAUCAUACCGCGUGUAACCUUCGGGGACUGGCUUUUUCCACGGCUCGAUCCUCUGGGGAUUCCUGCUCGCUCUUCCUUUUCAUGCCCGCGGGCUGUGGACGCCCCACGGCUGGCUAACUUCACCCGAAGGGCGUCUGGGUGGCCGCUCUUGAGCUGCUAGGAGGAAGCUGGUGUAGACACACGCAUAGUUUUCUGUGAACCUCAGCUUGCAUGUCUCGAAGAGGAGUGCGGUCGCCCGGUUGCCUGGUAGCUGUGUGCUGACUUUCACAAGACGCUGCCAGACUGUUUUCCAGAGUGACCGCGCCAUUUUCCAGUCCUACCCGCCGUGGGUAGGAGAUCCAGUCCCCCCAGUCCCCCCAGCCCCGGAACUUGGUGGUGUCACUGUUGUAGCCACUCUGAUAGGUGCAUAGCGAUGCCUCCGUGUGGUCUUAGUUUGCACGUCCCCGGUGGCCAUGACGUCGGAUGUCUGUCUCUUCCUGAGCCGGCAUGCCGUCCGGACGACCUCCUCGCUAAAAUGUCUCUUUGUGUUCUCUGCCCAUUUUCUAUCUAGGGUGUUUAUUUUUCUUUUGAGUUUUGAGAAUUCUUUAUAUAUCCUAGAUACUAGUCCUUCGUCAGAGAUGCGACUUGCGGGCAUACCUGUCGCUCUGCAUCAGCAGGGCCUUUCUGAGAUGACUCCCCCUCUCCCUUGUGAGGACUGCACUGGUGUCACAUAUAAGGGCUCUUUUCUUGGUUCCAGGUCCCGAAGAGUUUCUCCAAAGGUUUUAUCAUUUUCUGUUGUUCAUUUACAUCCGUGGCCCAUUUCAAGUUAAUUUUUGCACAAGAUGUGAAGUUUAGAACUUUUGGUUUCGCUUGUGGGAGCCCCGCGUUGCAAUGCCGGUUUCCUCCGGUGCCUGGUCUGUGCCCUCUGUGGUCUGGUCCAUUGGUUGGCAGGUCCACCCAUCCAUAUCCACGGUGGCCGCAUCACCGUCCUGGAGUUGGACGGUAGGGACCGAGGACACCAGUCUGGCUGGGUGAUCCUGGCUCGCAGGCCUGUGUCUACCCAGAUUCCUGGGGCCACAGCCUUCUGGACCCACUGACUCCUGCAUUUUCUGGCCUCUGUUUCCAGAGUGGGACCUGGUCUGGGUGGCAGGGGAGAACAGCGUUCAGAGGGGAAGCAGAGCCAGGUAGGAGGCAGACCUGCCAACUGUUCUGCCCCAGCCCCGGCUCUGCUGCGGCUCCGGGACCCACUUACCUCAGUGCUCAGUGGCACGAAGGGCCGAAGGCAGAACCACCCGUGUCACAGUUCCCACUGUACCCCUUCCCUGCUCUGGGUCCCUGAUGAGGGUCCCCCCACAUGCACCUCCAGGACUAUUUACAGACGACAUGGUAACGUUGAGGUCCUUGGUCAGCACUCAGGAAUCCAGACCAGCCGAGUCCCACGUAAACAGCUGUGAGGACUACUUCCUGCCACCCGCAGACCCGGCCUUUAGGCUGCCCGAGGCCAAUGAACCCCAUGCACCCCGUAAAACCCGCCCUGCCCCCCACACCGCACGGUGAUGGUCCAUUUGCUUAUGAGCCGGUGCCUUGGCAGCAGAGCGCCACUCAGCCAGCAGGGUCGCUGUCUGUCGUCACGACCGUGUGGGGCGUCGGCAACGCGGCACAGAGUCAGGUUUUGGGGAACCCCAUGGGCCCUGCAGGGAGCCCCCCCGGCAGCUCUGUAAUGCCUGGUGUGGCAAGUGGUGGCCCUGCCCUGAACUCCGCACAGUGCCUCGGACAGCAGGCAUUUGGCGAGGGCGCUGCCAAUAAGGGCUUCGUGCAGCAAGGAGUGUAUGGCCGCGGGGGCUACCCAGGGGGCCCUGGCUUCACGGCUGGGUAUGCGGGCGGCCCGGGGGGGCCAGGGGGCCUGGGUCUGCCCUCACAUGCCCCACGACCCUCCACCGAUUUUACUCAGGCGGCAGCAGCAGCUGCAGUGGCUGCUGCUGCGGCCACUGCCACGGCCACCGCCACGGCCACCGUGGCCGCCCUCCAGGAGAAGCAGAGCCAGGAGCUGAGCCAGUACGGAGCGAUGGGGGCCGGGCAGGCUUUUAACAGCCAGUUCCUGCAGCACGGAGGUCCCCGGGGGCCCAGCGUCCCUGGCAGCAUGAACCCCACCAGCAUGGGAGGGCUGCUGGGCCCCUCUGGCAUGAACCCCAUGGGCAUGAACCCCACCCGGGCAGCAGGCAUGGCACCCCUCUAUGCAGGGCAGCGCCUGCCCCAGCACGGGUACCCUGGGCCUCCCCAGGCCCAGCCACUGCCCCGACAGGGGGUCAAGAGAGCCUACUCCAGCGAGGUUUAUCCAGGACAGCAGUACCUGCCAGGAAGCCAGUACGGACCCAGUGCUACCCAGUACACGUCCGGUGCCGGGCCGCCCCCUGCCCCGUCCUCCUACCCUGGGCACCGGCUGCCCCUGCAGCAGGGUGUGGGCCAGUCCCUGUCUGCCUCUGGCCCAGCAGGACUGCACUACAAGCCCACAGAGCAGUUCAACGGGCAGGGUGCCAACUUCAACGGGGGAAGCGUCAGCUACAGCCAGCCCGGCCUGAGUGGGCCCACCCGUUCCAUCCCUGGCUACCCCAGCUCCCCACUGCCUGGGAGCCCCACGCCACCCAUGACCCCCGGCAGCAGCGUCCCCUACAUGUCCACCAGCCAGGAGGUCAAAUCGCCCUUCCUGCCAGACCUCAAGCCCAGCGUGAGCUCCUUGCACCCAUCAUCCCCCAGCAGCGGCCCGGGUGAUGAGCUGCGGCUGACCUUCCCGGUGCGGGACGGGGUAGUGCUGGAGCCCUUCCGCCUGCAGCACAACCUGGCUGUGAGCAACCACGCGUUCCAGCUCCGGGACUCUGUCUACAAGACCUUGAUGCUGAGGCCAGACCUGGAGCUGCAGUUCAAGUGCUAUCACCAUGAGGACCGGCAGACCAACACCAACUGGCCAGCGUCGGUGCAGGUCAGCGUCAACGCCACCCCGCUCACCAUCGAGCGCGGCGACAACAAGACUUCCCACAAGCCGCUGUACCUGAAGCACGUGUGCCAGCCGGGCCGCAACACCAUCCAGAUCACGGUCACAGCCUGCUGCUGCUCCCACCUGUUCGUGCUGCAGCUGGUGCACCGGCCGUCCGUCCGCUCGGUGCUGCAGGGCCUCCUCAGGAAGCGCCUCCUGCCCGCGGAGCACUGUAUCACCAAGAUAAAACGCAACUUCAGCAGCGGCACCGUCCCCGGCACCCCUGGGCCCAACGGUGAGGACGGGGUGGAGCAGACAGCCAUCAAGGUGUCCCUCAGGUGCCCCAUCACAUUCCGCAGGAUCCAGCUCCCCGCCCGAGGCCAUGACUGUCGCCACAUACAGUGUUUCGACCUGGAGUCCUACCUGCAGCUCAACUGUGAGCGGGGGACCUGGCGGUGCCCUGUGUGCAACAAGACGGCGCUGCUGGAGGGCCUGCAGGUGGACCAGUAUGUGCUGGGUGUCCUCGUUCACAUUCAGAAUUCUGACUACGAGGAGAUCACCAUCGACCCCACGUGCAGCUGGAAGCCGGUGCCCGUAAAGCCCGACGUUCACGUCAAGGAAGAGCCGGACGGGCCAGUGCUGAAGCGCUGUCGCACCGUGAGCCCUGCACACAUGCUCAUGCCCAGCGUGAUGGAGAUGAUAGCAGCCCUGGGCCCCGCCGCCGCCCCCUUCGCCCCCCUGCAGCCCCCCUCGGCCCCGGCCCCAGCCCCUGGUGACUACCCCGGCCAGGUGCCAGCUCCCAGGCCUCACCCAACAUGGGCUCUGCUCUCAGGUUCCAGCUUCCUGGGACCCGGGACCUUCCCUGAGUCCUUCCCGCCUGCCACGCCCAGCACCCCGGCCCUUCCUGAGUUCACCCCGGGGCCACCCCCCAGCUCCUACCAGUCUGACAUUCCUAGCAGCCUCCUGACACCUGAGAAGUCUGUUCCCUGCCUCCCAGGCCAGAUGCCGCCAGCGGGUCACCUGGACCCUGCCCACAACCCAGGGGCUCCAGGGCUGCUCGCCCCCAGCCUUGGAGGGGCCCCAGGGCCCCAGCUGCACCAUCCAAACCCUCCCCCAGCAUCCCGGCAGCCCCUGGGCCCAGUGAGCUCAGGCCCCAUCGGCGAGUUGGCCUUCAGCACUGCCACAGGCGUGAUGGGGCCCCCCAUGUCUGGGGCGGGGGAGGCCCCGGAACCAGCCCUGGACCUGCUCCCAGAACUGACCAACCCCGAAGAACUGCUGUCCUACCUUGGCCCACCUGACCUCCCCACAAACAGCAAUGACGACCUUCUCUCUCUCUUCGAGAACAACUGAUCCUGUCGCCCCCGCCCAGCUGGCGGGGACACACCCGCAGAUGCCACCACACCCUGCCCCAGCCACCUGCCCACCACCCCCCUCGGACCUUGGAGGCAGCUGCGCUGGGUGGGAGGGGACCUCAGACACCCCGCCCCCGCCCAGCUCAGCCCCACCCCAUCCACCACCUGCUGCCCCCAACCCCAGCUGGGCCCCGUCCAUACACACCUGUGUCCCCAACCUCGCCCCUGGACCCAACCCCGCCUGCUCCCACCAGCCUGCAUCUUUUCCAGCGUUGACCCUUCUGUUGCAGUGACCCUGUGGCUCCCUGGCGAGGAGCAGGGCGGCCCUGUCCUGAGCCUGAGCUCGCAGUGGGAGCGGGUCCGUCUUCCCACCCGAAGCCUCAGGCCAGGGCCAUGGGGUAGGAGGUCCAAAGCACAACAAUGUACAUAGUGUAGAAACACUAAGAGCUCUGGGCAAGCAGCCGGGGACCCUGCGGGCUCCUGCCCCUCCUGGGUGCAGACAGCGGGGCAGAUGGCCAUGAGCUUCGGUCUCCCGGGGGUGGGUGCCCAGACCCAGCUCUGUGUACAGACUCCAGCGGGCUGCCCGAGUACCCCUUUUCCGUGAACGUGAAGAAUUGGUCCCGCUGUGUUUUUUAAAACUGCCUCUCCCACGUCCACCCCGGGGCCAGGCCGGGUGGGGGAGGGGGGGCCAGUCGUGUCCCCUGUCUGCCAGUCUCUAUUAAAGGACUCCCUCAA